AUGGCAUCGCUUGCGGCACUUCGUGCUGUGGACGAAAAGUUGCGUCAAAGCAGUCAAGUAAAGCUUAUUACAUUCGGGCAGCCACGUGUCGGCGACUUUUAUCUUUCAAGGCAUAUCAAUGAUGUCAUCCCAUACAGGUAUCCCAAUGGUAUGACUGAUGGCGCGAAGUAUCAGGAGUGUUUGGGAACUCCGCAAGAUGAAGAUUUUAAAUGUAGCGACCAGUAUAGGUUCAAUGCACGAGACUACAAGUUAUACGUCAAACAACAUCGCUAUUAUUUCGGUCUUAAAGCAAGUUUUUAUGCGUUUUUUGCAGCUAUGCAAUGCAAAAACGCAUAUUGA